ACGCUGGUGUAACGAUCGUCGCAUCGGUCACCGAUUGGACACACGUACGAAACAUUUCACCCCAAGGGUCAAUAGUAGUCGGUUGGUAGGACCAAAGUGGUGGUACUACGGGUACGUUUUAUACGUAGAACGUGAUGUUCGAGCAUUCAGUCUUUCGCUUUCUCUGCGUUCGCGAGUUGCUCGAUCGGCUUCCAUGCAUACCUCCAUGCAUGGUCCACGAGGAUCGUGCCUUUUUCUCAACCUCAUAGAAAAUACCUAGUCACGCGAUCGAUCGUUCGAACGAUUUUCGUAGAACGAUUUUCGUAGGAAUCGAUAGUCGGAAACUGGAGAGUGAGUAUCAAAGAAACGAUGAUUUAGCGAUGAUUUAGUGUCGUGGAAAUAAAAUAAAAUCUACAGAACCGUUGGGCAAGUAAAGUUGAAUGGAACAAGUGCUGCAAACGGUAGUGUCAGAAACCAUGAUUUAUUUAGCGAACACUCUUACGUUUAUACGAUUGUUGUUUACGUUUCGUGAAAGUAACAUGAUACUUUUUUCAAUUUUUGAGUCAUGAUCAGGCGUCGUUAAACGAACGCGAGAACACGAGAGUGAGUUUCUUUAACCGCGCUUAAUUCUGUUUGUAGCGUUCCAUUCGACGAAUCAAAACGAACUUUGUUACCAAUUUCCACCGACGUAUAAUACUUCCAUUGUACCAAAAAUACCAAUCGUUACAAGCGAAUGACGUGAUCCGUAAAAGGAAAAGAAAGUGUAUCGCGACCCUGACUGAAAAUGUACGAUCGGCAACGAGCGACAGGUUGCCCGUGAAUAGCGAUGUCACUGGACUGCAUCGUUAAAAAAAAAGAAAGUUAUGCAAACGCGAGAUUACUUGGAAUCGUUUCGCAGCAUGCUUUGUAGUUGCUUCUCGUCGAGUACCGUAUCGACGACUGACAGUCGGAAUGAAUAUAAGUUUCGUGCCGGUGAAUAUAAGCCUCGUUAACAUGUAAGUGAGAAACCGUGUUUCGAAGUUUCAGGUUUAUUGUCUCGUGAUGAUACAAAACGUCACGAGCAGCAGUGCAUAGAGCAAUUAAAAAAUAGUGGACACGUAAGUCGAAUCAUUGAAACGGCGUUUUUCGCGCAGGUGUAAAGUUUUAGGAGUUAAUUUUACUUCCUUUAUCACUGUGAAUACAGAAAAAUAUGUCUUUUCUCGUCUUUGCGAGAAGUCUUUGUAGGAAAUAAAUCACAAAGAACUGGCUGACGCAAAAUUCUCAUCUUCCUCAAGAAGGUUACUCUUGUCAGAGAAUUUUAACGUAUAAUUAAAUCAAAGAUCAGGUAAAAUUCUUCACAAAAUUUCCGAUUGGCAAGAACGUUAUUUUAUCUCUUUGUAGGUUUUCUCAAGCAUGCGUAUUAAGAAAACGUUGGUCUGUCAUUCACGAAUCGAACGAUUCUUUUAAUUCGUCGUGAAGAAUUUAUUUUUCACGACUUGCAACGGAGCUUUGUAUAAUAACAGAGCUCGAUGACAUCGUUCGAUUUUAUUAUUACAGAAGCAGACUCUCCGCAGCACGAUCUCUUCUUUCUUCGAGAAUGUUCAGAACCCUCGACGUGUAACAGAAAAUCGAAGAAGAAGCAAGAAGCAAAAAAGAAUUGAAACUCGAAUGUUUCGUUCGAAACGUAGCUAUAAUCAGGAAAAUUUGGCGAAAAGAAAAGUUGAUAAAGAAACGGCAGAAAAAUGAGUAUCGUGACAGCAGCCACGUUGGCGAUAAAGGGUGCCACUGUUUUACUUGGAAAGGUGGCGAUAAUUCCUAUUAUCAUAGCGGCUCUAGCAUACUACAAUUACGAUCUGAUGGAUCCUGAGAAUUAUCCUAAAGUGACGAAGAAUAUACGGAAAGAAUACGAUUUUGUGGUGGUGGGAGGUGGAUCGGCCGGAAGCGUGGUGGUGAACAGACUUACAGAAAAUCCUAAGUGGAAUGUGCUGUUGUUAGAGGCUGGAGGACACGAAACCGAGAUAACGGAUGUCCCUAUACUAUCCCUUUAUUUGCACAAGAGCAAAGUGGAUUGGAAAUACAGGACUCAGCCGCAAGAUUCAGCUUGUCAAGCGAUGAUCGAUCGACGAUGCUGUUGGACCAGAGGAAAGGUUUUGGGUGGCUCGAGCGUGCUCAACACGAUGCUCUACAUUCGAGGAAAUCGACGAGAUUUCGAUCAGUGGGAAAGUUUCGGAAACCCUGGGUGGGGUUACGAGGAUGUUCUGCCUUAUUUCAAAAAAUCUCAAGAUCAAAGAAAUCCCUAUUUAGCUCGCAACACUAGAUACCAUAGCACUGGAGGGUAUCUGACGAUUCAGGACUCACCCUACAACACACCUCUAGGAGUGGCCUUCCUACAAGCCGGCGAAGAGAUGGGCUACGACAUAGUAGACGUAAACGGAGAGCAACAGACGGGCUUUGCUUUCUACCAAUACACCAUGCGAAGAGGAACAAGAUGCAGCUCCGCGAAAGCAUUCGUCAGACCCAUUCAAUUACGAAAAAACUUUGAUCUAUCCCUGUGGAGUCACGUAACCAAGAUCCUGAUCGAUCCACGAACGAAAAGAGCCUACGGCGUCGAGUUCAUCAAAGAAGGUCGGAAAGAGGUAGUCUACGCCAGGAAGGAGGUCAUUCUUUCGGCGGGUGCCAUAAAUUCCCCUCAGCUGUUAAUGCUCUCGGGAAUUGGACCUAGACAACACCUGGAAGAAGUAGGAAUUACAGUGGUCCACGAUUCUCCUGGAGUCGGCCAGAACCUGCAGGAUCACAUCGCGGUGGGUGGUCUAGCUUUCUUGAUCGAUUAUCCGAUCAGUACCGUGAUGACUCGCCUGGUGAACAUCAAUUCUGCUCUACGGUACGCCAUCACGGAAGACGGACCAUUAACCACGAACGUAGGCUUAGAGUCCGUAGGUUUUAUCUCGACGAAAUACGCGAAUCAAAGCGACGAUUGGCCCGACAUAGAGUUCAUGCUGACCUCUUCCUCCACCAGCUCCGACGGAGGCACGCACGUGAAAAACGCUCACGGACUCACGGACGAUUUUUACAACCAAGUAUUCCAGAACAUUAAUUACCGCGACCUGUUCGGGGUGUUCCCCAUGCUUCUCAGGCCUAAAUCUCGCGGUUUCGUGAAACUGAAGUCGAAAAACCCUCUGGAUUAUCCCCUGAUGUACCACAAUUAUUUGACCGACCCUCACGACGUGAAUGUCCUGAGGGAAGGCGUGAAGGCUGCGAUAGCUUUCGGAGAGACGAGCAGCAUGAAAAGAUUCGGUGCCAGAUUCCACAAUCGCGCUCUACCCAACUGUAACCACAUACCUAUGUUCACCGACGAAUACUGGAACUGUGCCAUACGACAAUACACUAUGACGAUCUAUCAUAUGAGCUGUACAGCGAAAAUGGGUCCACCGACCGACCCCAUGGCCGUCGUCGACCCCGAACUCAGAGUCUACGGUGUGACCGGGUUGAGGGUAAUCGACGCGUCCAUUAUGCCGACGAUCACCAACGGCAACAUAAACGCACCGGUGAUCAUGAUCGGAGAGAAAGGCGCCGAUUUGAUUAAGAAGCAAUGGCUGUCACGGAGGAAAAGGGACAACGCUACGAUCGUCGCUACGUGACUGGAAGAAUUCUUGCCGAGAAAUCAGCUUAUCCCGUCGAUCGCCGCGUUAUUUCGUAAACGACAAAUAGGAGAAAAGGGACUAGUAUCGAGAUCGACGUAGAUCGACGUAAUGGAAAUACCGUUCUCCGUCGAAACGGACGUUUGAUUAGGGUUUUAAUUUAACGAUACGGAGGAACGCAAGGAGCUGUGAUCGUUUAAUUGUCGCUAGGUUCGCUUGUAAGUAAUUUGUAAGUAAUUUAUCGAUCGAGGAGUCGAUGACGUUAAAGGAAAUGCGUAUUUUAUAUUUUUUUCACGCGACUAAGGAAUAGGAAAUGUGACUGUCAUAAUGUACGAUCGAAUCGUUUCGUCGUUACUUAUACCGCUAACGAUGUAGACGUAUCCGAUGUGAACCGUUAAAAUCUGAAAGCGAGCUUUUACAGAUUCGUUUUCUGUUACCCAAAAAGGAACAUAUACAUUUUUUUCUAAAAUAUCGAUCCUAUUCUAGAAUAGAGUGACACGUUUUGAAAGAAUAUUCCGAUAAGCGUCCGCUCCUCGAAAAUUUAUGGUUUACCGAUGUCUUUUUCAAUCCUCUCACUUUCUUCUCUUGGGUCAGAUCGAAAGUUGUCAGAAAGAAAGAAAAAAAAAGAGAAAAAUAAAAAGAUACCAGAAGUAUAACUAGAAAGACAUUGCUCAAGUCCAUGCUAUUUAAGAAUCAACUAUUUUUUAAAUAUCUUUUUUCUACUUUUAUAUCGAUAUGUCGUCG